AUGCAAGAAACAGAACCGCGGGUUUUCUGCGGACUUCCUGUAGGGGUAAGCUUUUUCACUGCCUUUAAAAGUAGGUACAAGAGGAGGACUUUUUCUCGCAAUGGUUAAUGCGUUGCGGAUCGAGUAAAUAAUAAUUCAAACCUAUCUUAUAUCACUUUGGUCGCUCUCCAAUGGCGCAAGUCGCUUUUCGGGCGGUCUCGUUUUCAUGGUCCGCCACCGUUAUGCGCUGAGCCAUUCCCCGUGCAAAAACAUGAUGUGAAGCUCGUCAAUUUGAAUCUGCUCAAAAUAUCCAUUCAAUUUGUGAAAAAAUGGAUUGCUUACUCUUUCUUACUCGAAAUGAUAACUUUUUUUUUUUCACAAAAAAAGACUAGUUUUUCAUUUUGAUGGGUAGUAGAAUAACAGCCGCCUCCUUUCUCGAAAAAAAAGUUUGUGUCAUCUCCCUUUUUCAGGGAGCGGUGAGCAUUUUGGGCUCUUCGAUCAUCGUCUGCCAGAUCUUCGGCCUUUUCGCUAUUUCUCCUUUCGUCCUCUACUUUUUCGAGAUCGCCAUCGGCUUCGGGAUGAUGUUCAUCUUGUCGACCGGUGCCAAGAGGAGGAAAUUGGCCUACAUCACGGCCUACAUGCUGUAUAUUGUCGGUUUUCAGUUCUUCUUCAUAAUAUUGAAGCAAAAUUACCAUGUUUUUUGACUAACAUCGUUAUAGUAAGUAGACUUCAUAGAAUUUCAGACCAAGAAGUUGAUCCAGAAAUCAAAAUUUAACAAAAUCCGGCAAGAACAAAUGUGCGCAUAGAGGGUAUCAAAACUUUCAAUUUGAUUUUUUGUGGGCCAUGCCUGUGGAUAACAGUUUACUUGAUUUGAUUUUUUCAGCUUAUUAUAGUUGAAAAACUCUGACAACGGAGGUCAUAAUAAUGUGACGUUUGGAGAUUUCAAUAAACUUUCGUAAACAACUCUCUGAAGUUUCAGAGAAAAAAAAAGCGAAUUUUCAGCUCGAACGAAUUUGCUUGAGUUUCAAUUAAUGAGACGAAACUUGCAGUCCAUGUACACGUUCUGGGUGUUUUUCACAAUUCUCGGAGCAAUUUUGGCCACAGUAUACCUCGUCAACGACGCCGUGGUUUGCCCACCGCGCGGAGGUUUUUCCCCAAUGAAAAAAUUUCUGAUUCAAAAGAACUUUUAGAUGUGACCACAACCCCAAAGCCAGGAAGUUGCAUCGAAAAUAAAUUUACAACUUCUGGUAGAACAGUUGUAUUUAAGAACUGGACAAUUCUUCGAAACUUCAGACGUGAUCAUCGUCUCGAUUUCUUGCUUUUUCCUGGGCAUUAGUAUCGUGGUUGCUUUAGUGCAACUCCGUUUCCUUCUCAUCCUUUACAACUUCAUCCGGCAUUCCAGAAGAGCGUGAGUUAGUAAAAAGCAAUCCCCAAAUAAAAACUAGUGACAUUUUGAUUUCAACGUCUUAUAUUUAAUUAAAUAAUAAUCAUGGUUAACAAAAAUUUCAUUUUUCCGAAUAAAAAAAGCUUUCGAAAAUAUAGUAGGGAAGUUACCGACUUUUAUUGAUUCGAAACUAAAUCUGGUGAAAUAUCUUUCCUGAAGUGCACAAAAACCCAGCUCUCCCACAUAUGUCUUGCAGACGUUAGGGUUGACCGAAGAAUGUGGAGGAAAUAAAAAACAAAGGAAAAACUAUUUUCGAAACUUCCGCUUGCCUAUUAUAUUUUAUUUUAUUUUAUUUUUUGAAUUCUAAUCUUUGUGCAAUUUUUACCUUUCCCACGCCGUUAAACGCGGUCAUUAAAAUUUUUUUCGGGUAUUCAUUCUUCUUCUUCUUCUUCUUCUUCCUACGCCUUUGUACCGCUUGAGCGGCGUCGGCGCCCCAAGUCGAUUAGCCGAGGUCCUAUCCUGAUGUCAUUGAUAAUCAGUGGAUUGGCUCGAGUGACAUAUCCGACCUUGUGUGUGACGGCUGGGGAUUAUGAAGCCGUGGUUUCCCACUACCAAUAUUUCUUAAACCCCUUGGUUGGGUCGAGGCGGGGAUCGAACUUGUGACCCUGUGGACCGUAGACAGGCACACAACCUGUUGCGCUACGGCGCGCCCAUUUCGGGUACUUUUAUUAUACAUUCUUAUUCAAUUGUUUAUAUCAACCUGAUAGUUCAAAUGAUUUUAAAAACUGUAGGUCGAACACGAAUCUGAAUGUGCAGUAUGUGGUACCUUCAAGUCCAAGCGGCAUGCCGCCACCGCCGAGAUAUGCCGAGCACUCGGGACACCCGAUUCCAGAGCCCAGUCAUUCGUCCCAAACAGCCGCCCAAGCUGGACCUUUGCCGUCUAAGCCGCCGCUCUACUCGGAAGUGCAGAAGUCAACCGGCAUAGCGGUCCGUCCUUUGCAGCCUGAAGACCUCUCCAACACCGACGACGUCGCCCAACUGGCCCAAGCAAGCAGCUCUGCCGCCACAGUUGGACUCAGCAACGAAGGUUUAACUUGCCUUUCGAAAUAACUCUGACUAUUGAAAAAAAAUUUAGCCGAAGCAAUUUAAGUUGGUCUGUCUUGAGAAAAUAUUUUUCGGCAUUAUGAGCAAGCCAGUUCAUAUUAUAUAUGCUAAAACUUCCCUGCAAAAAAAUUUAUAACUAAUAUUAAGGUUACGACAAUGGAAGCUUCGUAACGAUUGACAUUUCGGAUGAAACAACGUCUCCGAGCAGCGAUUCGCGAGAUAGGACUAUUUCUUUGCCACCAGCCUACGAAGAAGACCCGAACGGCUUGGGACCUGCAGCCUCGACCGCCCCGACUUUGACCAAUGACCCUAAUUCCCAUUCACUAAUUUAA